ACUUUCUCCGGCGCCAGCGGCACUCAAAAUCGCCUCUUGCGAUUCCGCCACCCACCCUCAUCUCCUAUUAUUUAUGUUCCUUUCUCCGACAGGCGUAAAUCCCACUAUGACGCAGCAGAAUGUUGUGCCGGCGGAGGACGUCGCAGCUUUCACGGUGGCGGCGGCGGGCUCCUCCCCCCUCUUCCCCUACCCUCCAUCGAUCGCGCUCCGGAAAAAGUACCUUUCACAGAUCGAUGUUGUCGGCGUCGGAACUAGCUGUUGGCUGGAAUCCAUGAAGGCCUCCUCGCCCACCCACCCCAUGGCCGCUCCCUGCCCCAUCGUCGACUCUGUCCUCGAAGUAAAGAUGCGGCAUCCGUCGGCUUUGAACCAGUUCGAUCGCAUCGUGAGAGCCUCCAAGGGAAAACAGAUCGUGAUGUUUAUGGACUACGACGGUACCCUUUCCCCCAUCGUCGACGAUCCCGACUCGGCCUUCAUGAGUAAUGCGAUGAGGAAAGCAGUGAAGGAAGUGGCAAGGGACUUCCCCACGGCGAUCGUGAGCGGGCGAUGUCUCGACAAGGUUGUUAACUUCGUGAAAUUGGCUGAGUUAUACUACGCUGGUAGCCACGGCAUGGACAUCAAAGGCCCAGAGACGUCCCAGCAUGCCAAGGCCAGAGGUGCCAAAGGAGUUCUUUUUCAACCAGCGACUGAAUUUCUUCCCAUGAUAGAUACGGUCUAUAAAGCAUUGUUGGACAGAACCAAGUCCACUCCUGGUGCCAGAGUGGAGAACAACAAAUUUUGUGUAUCCGUGCACUUCAGAAGUGUGGAUGAAAAGAAUUGGGGCGCAUUGAUCGAGCAGGUGAGAUAUGUGUUGAAGGAGUAUCCCAGAUUGCGGCUUACCCAAGGCAGAAAGGUGUUGGAGAUUCGCCCAACUAUCAAAUGGGAUAAGGGGAAGGCAUUGGAGUUCCUAUUAGAGUCACUUGGAUUUGCCAACUGCAAGGAUGUAAUGCCGAUCUAUAUCGGAGAUGAUCGCACUGAUGAAGAUGCAUUCAAGGUUCUUAGAGAUAGGGGACAAGGCAUUGGCAUCCUUGUUUCAAAGUUUCCAAAGGAAACAAAUGCUACUUAUUACCUUCAGGAGCCAUCUGAGGUUAAGGACUUCUUGAUUCAGCUAGUGGAGUGGAAGCGUCUAUCAAUGAAGGUUCUGUCAAAAGUGUAGGUUGUAUACAAGUUGCCCCACCACCUAUGAAAUUUUAAGAUGUUUGAUAGGGUUGAAUGAAAAUAGGAAUUUUAUUUUAUUUCCUUUGUUCUAGGAUAAGAACACCUCAUAAAGAGGUUUUUCUGUUUUCCUUGUUGCUCAUCCUUUUUUAUAUCGUCUUUUUUUGUUCCUUGGGUUUGAAAGCACUGCAACCCAAGCUUUCUUCCUUAACAAGCAGCUGAAUCAUGUAAGUAGAUCUUGUACAACUGAAAAGGAUGAA